AUGAAGCUGCACUGCGAAGUGGAGGUGAUCAGCCGGCAUUUGCCGGCCUUGGGGAUGAGGAACCGGGGCAAGGGUGUUCGGGCGGUGCUGACCUUCUGUCAGCAGACGUCCAGAAGUCGGUCGCGGCCCCAGGUCGGGAGCGAGCCGAUCGACCUGCACUCUGCCUGCCUGCUCAUCUCCACCAUGAAGGACAAGCGCGGGACCCGAUAUGAGCUAAAGGAGAACAUUGAGCAAGUCUUCACCAAAUUUGUGGAUGAGGGGAAAGCCACUGUUCGGUUAAAGGAGCCUCCUGUGGAUAUAUGUCUAAGUAAGGCCAAUUCCAGCAGUUUAAAGGGUUUCCUGUCAGCUAUGAGACUGGCUCACCGAGGCUGUGAUAUUGAAACACCACUUUUAACCCUCACACCAGUGAAGACUUCAGACUUCGAAAAAUUUAAAACUAAAAUGAUUAUCACUUCCAAAAAGGAUUAUCCUUUAAACAAAAACUUCCCAUAUUCUCUAGAACAUCUUCAGACUUCUUACUGUGGGCUUGUCCGAGUUGAUAUGCGUGUGCUUUGCUUAAAAAACCUUAGGAAAUUAGACCUGAGCCACAACCAUAUAAAAAAGCUUCCAGCUACAAUUGGAGACCUCAUCUACCUUCAAGAACUUAGCCUUAAUGACAAUCACUUAGAGUCCUUUAGUGUAGCCUUGUGUCAGUCUACACUCCAGCAAUCUCUUCGGAGUUUGGAUCUCAGCAAGAACAAAAUUAAAGCACUCCCUAUACAAUUUUGCCAACUCCGAGGACUUACAGAUUUAAAACUUGAUGAUAAUGAACUGAUUCGAUUUCCUUUCAAGAUAGGACAACUGAAAAACCUACAUUUUUUGUCAGCAUCUCGAAACAAGCUUCCAUUUUUGCCUAGUGAAUUUAAAAAGUUAUCCCUUGAGUACUUAGAUGUUUUUGCAAAUACAUUUGAACAACCAGAAGUUCUACCAAUCAUAAUGCUGCAAACACCAUUAACUUUAUUGGAAUCUUCUGCACGAGCCGUAUUAGAUAAUAGGAUUCCAUAUGGCCCUCAUAUCAUUCCUUUCCAUCUUUGCCAAGAUUUGGAUACUGCAAAAACCUGUGUUUGUGGAAGAUUCUGUCUAAACUCUUACAUUCAAGCAACUACCACCAUGAAUCUACAUUCUGUUGCUCACACUGUGGUCCUAGUGGAUAACAUGGGUGGUACUGAAGCACCUAUUAUCUCUUAUUUCUGUUCUCUAGCCUGCUAUGUAAAUUCCUCUGAUAUGUUAAAGUAAUAGGGGCUACCAUAAAAAGAAAUUUCAUUUACUUACAGAUCAGUUUGGGACUUGUCCAAUUUAACAGCGCCAAAUUGGACAAAGGGGAAGAC